CAACAGUCCCAGAUUCCAAUAGUCCCUCAGUCGCUCGUUUCACGUCCCGUGAGCCUCAGCCUGAGAUGUCCGACUACAAUGCUGAAAGGAACUAUGCAGUAUCUGUUACCCAACAAAUACUGCUCCUGCAGCAAUGGGAGGCUGACACGAUGUUCAGGUCAUACCUGAAGACCCAAAGCGAGCCCUCACAUGACAAUCCCCUUGAUAUGCAGAUCGUGUGGGCCCGGAUGAAGGUAGCCAAAGUUCGCGCACGUGGGCUCAGUGAGCUUCGAGAGAUGAUUGCACCGGAUCAAAGUUACGAGAUCGACGUCGAGCUGGCUUCCGAACUCUUCAGGUACAGGACCCUCGCGUGGAUGUGCUUCCGAAUCAACGACCUCCCCACCGAGAUUCUCUGCGAGAUCUUGCGCCUUGUCGUUUACUCCACUUCGCAACGGAACCCCAUGCUGGCCAAGUUCCAAUUCACCUGGGUGUGCCGCCAUUGGCGCGCCACCGCGCUAAGCGACGGCUACUUAUGGAGUCAAAUCAUCUUUACCGACCGUCCUCCUUGGGCGCGCUCUAUCGAGUGCUUUCGCCGAGCCGGGAAUUGCGCGUUGGAUAUUAUCAUCCCUCUUCCCCCCAAGUCUCCAGGCAAUCCCGCAGAGCCGGCUGCAAUUACCCCGGCCCGGAUGACCUGGCUUCUUGACAUACUCCUCCAGAAAAUAGCCACCCUUCAGCGCGUCACGAUAUCCACGGAUAGUAUCAAAACAGCGCUGAGUGUCAUCGAGAGGUUCUGGACGCAUGGUUCUGCACCAACGCUAGAGC